AUGGGGCACAUGUGCGCCACUCCCCUUCCAUGUCACCGGUGGCUAGCCGACUGUGGGGCAAGGAGUGGUUGUACACGCGCAAGAAAUGGACUUGAUCGGAAAUGUAAUAUUAUUAUAUAUUCACCAGAAACUUUGGCGCACAACUGGUGUGAGACUAAACCCGUGUCACACCUUCCUCAGAAAGGGGGGGGCAACCGGCCCGGGUUCGAAUCCUCCUAGAGCCAAAACUCAUAUUUUUUAUCUGAUUAUUGCGACUUUCCUGCAGAUUGCCAGUGAAGGAUUAAGCAACCAGAAUCGCUAAAUCAUCAAUGAAAAUCUCGUCAACGUAAUUCGUGGAGCAUUAUUACUAAAAUUGAUGAACGAUUCGCGAUAAAAAGAUCAUGAAUCUAUCGAGUAAAGCAUCUCCGAUUGAUCGACGAACAAGCCGUCAUCAGGAAGAGGAUGAUCCGUCGGGAGACGAGUCGCCACCUCCUGAGAGCGUACCGGAUAUGAUGAAGAGCCUCCUCUUACUGUGCGGACCUGAGGAUGAAGCUCCCUGACAUGCGCUCCACCUCCAUCCAGCUCCUCUCCGUCGAAUGACAGCCGCUAGAGAGCCGCAAAGUCGUUGUUUUUCCACUCCGUCAGGUGAUAGCCGCCGGAGAUGAUUCAACGACCCAUUUCAUUGAUCUCUAGAGUUCGCAAGGAGAUCUAGAGAUUGCCUACAUCGUCCUUGUCUAAGGAGAGCCUUCGAAGCCAUGGACAUUGCAUGACGAUCCUCUUGAACGCUCAGGAUUCCGGUGCAUCGCUGACGCAUCGCCGCCGCGACGCCAGAACUCUGUUUUCCUACUUUCAACUUAAUUUUUGCUUCAUUUAGUGAUAAUUUUUGUGAUUUAAAUUUAUCAAGAUAUACUUCAUUCCAUUACGAUUCUUUCAGCUUUUACAGAUCUUAAUUUGAUCAAUUAAAUCGUCUGUAAUCUCUUAUGUAAGAAUUGCUAGACAAAACUCUGUUUUCGCCCGAUUCGCGUUAGCCGAGCACUGACAUCAUCUUGACGUCGGCACCCUUAUUUUCUUUCUACGUGAAUUUUAAAUAUAUUUCCUUUUCAUUUCCUAUUAUAAAAUUUAUAGAAAAGAGUAUUCUUUGCAGAAAAUUCUGAAUAAUUAUCAGAUAUUAUAUUACAUCCUUGUAAUCGACCUAGAAAAUAUGCUAUUUUUGGAAAUUUUAUUGAAUUAUAAUUGAUAUAUUUAUUCAGAAAUACUUUUAAAUAUCUGAAAAUUUGUAUUUUCUAAUUUUAUAAAUUUUAAAUUUACGUGAUUUACUAUACAACGACUAAGUCACGUCAUCUCACAUCGGAAAUAUUUUAGUAACUGAGCUGAAUAUAAAUCAAAGUUAUAUUUUUCAGUAGAGAUCCCUUCUCCCAAAAAAAAAUAAUGUUUAGGACCAUCUUGGGAGAAGGUAAAAAGGUGGUCUACCCUCACGCACACACGAGUAUAUGA